AUGGCAAAGACAGUCCAUGCCGAGAUGAGACAGGAGUGUAAGUGUCAUGGGAUGUCUGGCUCUUGCACAGUUAAAACCUGUUGGAUGCGGCUCCCCACCUUUCGGACAGUGGGUAAUUUCCUGAAGGACCGGUUUGAUGGAGCUUCACGAGUGAUCUACGGCAACAAGGGCAGUAACCGCGCUUCCCGAGCGGACAUGCGGCACCUGGAGCCUGAGAACCCCGCUCACAAGCCGCACUCCCCCCAGGACCUGGUCUACUUCGAGAAGUCGCCCAACUUCUGUACUGCAAAUAGCAAAAUAGGCACCACAGGUACCACAGGCCGAGUUUGCAAUAACACCUCCCUGGGUCUAGACGGCUGUGACUUGCUGUGCUGUGGGAGGGGAUUCCGCACCCUGACUGAGAAGGUCACCGAGAGAUGUCAUUGCACUUUCCAUUGGUGCUGCCAUGUCAGCUGCUUAAACUGUACGACUACACAAACGCUGCAUGAGUGCCUCUGA